AUGCUAGCGACAGGAGAACGGGGCAUCCAGAUGUCUGGAGGGCAAAAGCAGCGGAUGGCCAUUGCUCGGACAAUGCUGGAAAACCCUCCAAUCAUGAUGUUGGAUGAAGCCACUAGUGCUCUGGAUGCAGAAUCAGAGCACAUUGACCAGGAUUAUAUUAAUAAAGCUUCUACAGGAUGCACAACUAUUUUUGUGGCACGUCAUCUCUCCAUAGCAAAAGCUGCAGACACAAUUGCAGUAGUGCAAGAUGGUUGUAUGGACAUUUUGUUAAAAGGACCUCUUGCCAUGAUUGUAAUGAACAAUGCAAAAUUCUUUUUAAAUUGCUUACCUGUUCAAACUGAAUUAGAAAACAGAGUCUCACAAAGAGAUCAAGAUGCAAUCAUGAAAACAGAGUCUCACAAAGAGAUCAAGAUGCAAUCAUGGUAUGCAGGAUUGGUUCUUGGAACAUGUCAAUUUAUCCUUACAUCCAAAGAGGCUUUAGGAUUUUGGCAUGCAGGGAAGCUUAGACAGCAAGGCUUUAACCUGCGUGGCAAUCAUGAGAAGAAUUGGGCAUAUUAUAGCAGAUGCUGGAAGCAUGAAUUCAGCAUAGCCAAGAGUGUGGAUGCUAUGAAAUCUGUAUUUGUGAUCUUGGACAAAAAUAGUUCCAUAAAUCCAAAAGAUAUUGGAGGAAUUAAACCAGAUAAAAUUGAUGGCACUAUUGAAUUAAGAAAUGUAGAUUUAUCUUAUCCUGCUUGUCCCAAUGUCAUUGUAUUGAAAAAUUUCUGCCUUGAAAUCAAAGCAGGAAGCAGUAUGGCUCUGGUUGGCAAAAGUGUGUGUGGAAAGUUCAGCAUUAUUGGACUCUUGGAGAGAUUCUAUGAUCCUAUCAAAGGACUAGUUUUAAUAGACAAUAAAGACAUUAAAGCAUUCAAUUUGAGGUACUUGAGAUGCUUUAUAGGUCUGGGUGCAAGAGCAACUUUGUCUGCAAGGAGUUUUGGAGAUAACAUUCGGUAUGGUAAGGAAGAUGCAACUGAGGCAGAGAUGCUUGAGGCCGUGAUGACUGCUAAUGCUCAUGGAUUUAUAUGA